AUGCUGGCGCGUGGAAUUGCGAAGCGCAGUCCGACGCUACGGCGCUUGUUCUCUAGCGGAAAGGCUUGUCGAGCCGACUUUACUCAUGCAGUAAUCGGUGCCGGCGUCGUUGGACUUGCAAUUGCCCGCCAGCUAGCAGCACACGAGGGCACUUCGACAAUUCUCUUAGAGCGACAUGACACGCCGGGAACGGAGACAAGCAGUCGUAACUCCGAGGUUAUCCAUGCUGGCCUUUACUACCCCGCCGAUUCCCUGAAAACGAAGCUCUGCAUCCAAGGUCGCAAUAUGCUGUACGACCUGUGCUCAAAACACGAUAUCCCACACCGCAACACGAAGAAAUGGAUCGUCGCCCAAACAGAAGAACAAUGGGAAUCCUGUCUCCGCGUCCACAAGCACGCCCAGUCCCUAACCGAUGCGCCGACACGGCUCAUCGGCGCCGAAGAAGCGGCCCGUCGCGAACCAGACGUCAAAGCCGAUGCGGGCAUCGUCGAGAGCCCCACAACCGGUAUUGUGGACAGCCAUGCCCUGAUGACCUAUUUACACGGCGACUUCGAAAACAACGGCGGUGACUGCGCCUUCAAGACUCGCGUGAAAGAUGUCGAGUACAUUCCUGGCGAGGGAUACAAAAUCACCGCUGUCUCAGAUGAGGAUGGAUCCAUCACUUCCAUCACCGCAGAGACACUUAUAAACAGUGCUGGACACGGCGCAUGCGCCAUUAACAAUAUUCUCCUCCCAGAGGAGCGACACCGCACCGCAUGCUACGCAAAGGGCACCUAUUUCUCCUACGCCUCCUCUCGCCCGCGCACAUCGGUCCUAGUUUACCCCGCUACGGUACCCGGGCACGGUGGCCUAGGCACGCAUCUUACACUGGAUAUGGGUGGGCGGAUUCGUUUCGGACCAGAUGUGGAGUGGGUGGAUGAUCCGAAUGAUCUCAAGCCCAGCCCAGCACGCUUGGAACAGGCUAUCCCGGAGAUUCUGGCUUACAUGCCGGGCGUUGACCCGUCGGCUAUUGCGUUGGACUACUGUGGGAUUCGACCAAAAUUGAGUCGUGGAGGCGGAGUGAAUAUUGGAAAGUCAUUCCAGGAUUUCGUGAUCCAGGAAGAGGAGGGGUUCCCUGGUUUUGUUAACCUGUUGGGUAUUGAGAGUCCUGGGCUAACGAGCUCGUUGGCUAUUGGAGAGAUGGUCAACGGGAUCCUUUACCGGUAA